UACCUAAGCUGCGGAGCAGGAGAUGGCCGUGAACCCACUCUCCGGGUGGCCUGCAGGGAGCAUACCGCCUCAACUCCAUGUUGCAGCCAGGGCUUGUGUCCUCAGCUCCGCAGCUUGGAUGUGAUGGCUGCCACAGCUCUGGCCUGGUGUCUGUCCCUCUACGUCCUCCUCUUGCCCUUGCCUGCACCUUGGGUGUCUGCAGCAGUGAACGACUGUCCCCAUCUUAAGUGCUUCUACGACUCAAGAGCCAAUGUCUCCUGCACGUGGAGCCCAGAAGAGACCUUUCAGGUCACAAACUGCCAAAUCCAAGCCAAGUCGGACCAACGGUCCUGGAAUACAACCUGUAAUCUAUUUCCUGUGACACAGGCAUCCUGGGCCUGCAACCUGAUCCUUGGACGCCCAGAUUCCCAGUGUCUGAACGCUGUGGAUAUCCUCAACGUAAACGUGAAGUGUUGGGAAAGAGAGAACUGGCGCAGGGUGAAGACCUGCAGCUUCCGUCCCUUUGACAAGCUUCGCCUGCGGGCCCCUCAUUCACUCCAAGUCCUGCACAUUGAAACCCAGAGAUGCAACAUAAGCUGGGAGGUCUCCCAGGUCUCUCACUACCUUUAUAGUGAUUUGGAAUUUGAGGCCCGCAAACGUUCCCUGGACCACAGCUGGAAGGAUGCACCCCUGCUAAGCCUCAAGCAACGACAACAGUGGAUCUGCUUGGAGACACUUACCCCUGGCACCUCAUAUGAGCUCCAGGUGCGGGUUAGGGCCAAUCGAGGUUCCCAGGGGUCCUGGAGCCCCUGGAGCCAGCCCCUGGCUUUCCGGACAAGGCCAGCAGAUCCCUGGAAUCUGCCCCUAAUGUGGCCCAGACAACUUCUCCUGGGCCUUGGUUGUCUUUUUGGCUUCAUGGUCUGUGUCUACGUUUUGUUCAAGUGCCAGUACCUGGGCCCAUGGCUGAAGACUGUUCUCAAGUGCCACAUCCCAGACCCCUCUGAGUUCUUCUCCCAGCUGAGCUCCCAGCAUGGAGGAGACCUUCAGAAAUGGCUCUCCUCGCCCUUCCCCUCAUCCUCCUUCAGCCCCAGUGGCCCUGCACCUGAGAUCUCUCCACUGGAGGUGCUGGACAGAGACAGCAAAGCCAUGCAGCUCUUCCUGCUACAGCAGGACACAGCCUCCUCACCCUCGCCCAGCGGCCAUUCGCAGGCCAGCUGCUUCACCAACCAAGGCUACUUCUUCUUCCAUCUGCCCAAUGCCUUAGAGAUUGAAUCCUGCCAGGUGUACUUCACCUAUGACCCCUGCAUGGAAGAGGACAUGGAGGACGAUGGGCCAGGGCUGCCCCAGGGAUCUCCCCUCCCAUCUGUGCUUCCUCUGGCUGGGGACGAGGACGACUACUGUGACUUCCCACCCAGGGAUGACCUGUUGCUCUUCUCCCCCAGCCGGAACUCCCCUAACACUGCCUUUGGGGGAGCAGCAGCUCUUGAAGAAAAGCCUCCCCUCUCUGUGCAGGAGGGAUGUACCCCGCUACCAUCCCCUGAUCUGAUGGGUUUGCAGUGCCCUCUGGAGCUGGUGGCGCAGGGAGGUGACGGGGAGAGGCUGCCUGCUCAUAGCUCAGGGGAGCAAGCCGGUGUCCCCGAAGGUAGCCCUUGUGGGCAAGGUCAGGACAGGGCCCUGGCCUCUGUCUUGCCUCUGAACACUGAUGCCUAUCUGUCUCUUCAAGAACUACAGGCCCAAGAUCCAGCCUACCUGGUAUAGCCAGCUGACCAGGAUUUGGGAUCCAGCUGCCUAGGUCAGGUCAGGCUUAGGGGGGACCAGUUGAGAACUGUCCCUGGUCAUCCACACCCCAACACUUAGUCAUCCACGUUUGAGCUCUACUUGCUGCUCUAUGGUCCAGCCAGGAUCUGAGGUGGGGAGGGCUGGUCAGCUCUGCCUCCCUGUGUAGUCACUAGCUUCCUGGACUUGCCUUACUCCUUCCUGCUUACAGGGCAGCCAGGACCUGCUUCCCCCCAAUACAAAUGUGCCCAUGUUCUUCUCCUAUCCUUGAGCUUUCUGUGGCUUUGUCGCUUUCAGCACUGCUGUGGGACAGCUGUCCUCAGGGUGUGAUGUCUUAGUCAGAGCAGCUGUGUCCACCCAAACUAAGAGCUCCUGAUAAGACCGGACACAGCCUGUUGACUGUUGACAUUUCAUCACAGAAGGAGGGGGUGGGAAGGGCCAUCAGACUGUCACCGGAGAUCAACAGCCACUCUCCUGCACCCCCAUUCCCAGCUAUGGGUAAUUCUGCCCCUGGUGCCUGUGGUUUUUGGGAAGAUGCUGGCAUUUGCAAGGGGGAAGGUUUGAUGUAACUAUGGGAACACCAUCACCUAUUCUGGGUCUGGAUUUUCUGUGAUACAGCUGUUUUGGAAUCACCUAUCCUCCUGUAAGUAAGCCUAGAAGACUCAGUGGUUCACCAAGCUGGCCUUGAGUGGAUUUGUGCCUUCGACACCAUCUCUGGGAGAAGCACAUAUUUGCUCACGUAUCUCCCUCCCUGCAAAAAGCUUACACAACAUGCAUUGUGUGUCAGCACCAACCUUUGUGGAAACCUCACAAGAAUCCUAUGGGGUCUCCUGGAGUCCCCCUUUGACUCACACCUAUUCAGGGAUUCUUUGUUGUGCCUCACUUAGGUGACAAACA